AAAUGGUCGAGGCUAUGGAAAAGACUUAGGCAAAGCUUGUGGUUGUACAGGCCAUUAGAAGGACAAAAUAUUAAACUAGUAAACAAACUCAGUCAAACGUCUAAUGUAAUAGCUCUAAAUUGUGGGUCCAAGUCUGGUAGGUAGGAGAAACAGAAGCAGCAGCACCAGCGGCAGCAGAGGAAGGACGAGGGAUCCAGCAGCAGCAGUUGUCUGGCCCGCCGCCCCCUCCCUCCCCCCUUCCGCCUUGCCCAGGUCUCUCUCUCUCUCUCUCUCUCUCACGUCUAUGUAUCUCUCUGUUAAGCCAUCAUCACCAGAGCUCGCUCAUACUCAUACCAGAGGUUUUUGUUUAGCCGCAAAACGCCCAUAAAGCACUCUAUUACCCACAAACGGGUGUUUUGGAGGGAGAGGAAACCAUGGCCAUUGAGUGUCUCGUCCUCGGUGCAGGACAGGAAGUGGGGAAGAGUUGUGUGGUAGUUUCGAUCAAUGGAAAGAGAAUCAUGUUCGAUUGUGGGAUGCAUAUGGGCUUCCUUGAUCAUCGCCGCUUCCCCGAUUUCUCCCUCAUCUCCGAGUCUGGAGAUUUUGAUAACCACCUCACCUGUAUCAUCAUCACCCAUUUUCAUUUGGAUCAUGUUGGGGCUCUUCCGUACUUUACAGAAGUUUGUGGCUACCGUGGACCAAUUUACAUGACGUAUCCAACAAAGGCAUUGGCACCAUUGAUGCUCGAGGAUUACCGGAAAGUAAUGGUUGAGCGAAGGGGAGAGCAGGAACAAUUCACUGUUGACGACAUUGUGGAAUGCAUGAAGAAAGUAGUAGCAGUGGAUUUGAAGCAGACUCUGCAUGUUGACAAAGAUCUUCAAAUUUGUGCAUACUAUGCUGGGCAUGUUUUGGGAGCUGCAAUGUUUUAUGCAAAGGUAGGAGAUUCUGCUGUACUGUACACAGGUGAUUAUAAUAUGACACCAGAUAGACAUCUUGGAGCAGCUCAAAUUGAUCGUUUGCAGUUGGACCUUGUUAUAACAGAGUCAACAUAUGCAACAACAGUGCGAGAUUCAAAAUAUAAUCGCGAGAGGGAAUUUCUUAAAGUUGUUCAUAGAUGCGUUGCCAGUGGAGGAAAGGUGCUGAUCCCUACAUUUGCUCUUGGAAGGGCCCAGGAACUGUGUCUUCUCUUAGAUGAUUACUGGGAGCGCAUGAAUCUAAAGAUUCCUAUUUAUUUCUCAGCAGGGUUGACAAUUCAAGCAAAUAUGUAUUAUAAAAUGCUUAUCAGCUGGACCAGUCAAAGGGUCAAAGAGACAUAUGCCACACGCAAUGCAUUUGAUUUUAAGAACGUUCAAAGUUUUGACCGUUCUCUGAUAAAUGCUCCUGGACCUUGUGUUCUCUUUGCGACACCUGGAAUGAUCAGCGGUGGUUUUUCACUUGAGGUUUUCAAGCAGUGGGCUCCCUCUGAAAAGAAUCUUGUUACACUUCCUGGGUACUGUGUCGCUGGAACAAUAGGACACAAACUUAUGUCAGGGAAAGCAACCAAAAUCGAUUUGGAUAAAGACACUCAGAUUGAUGUCUGUUGCCAGAUUCAUCAAUUGUCUUUCAGUCCUCAUACAGAUGCCAAGGGGAUUAUGGAUCUUGUCAGAUUUCUAUCCCCCAAGCAUGUGAUACUCGUACAUGGUGAGAAGCCUAAAAUGGCUGCUCUCAAGGGAAGAAUUCAGUCAGAAUUGGGGAUUCAGUGCUAUGAUCCUGCAAAUAAUGACACAGUGCGGAUUCCAUCAACUUAUCAUGUGAAAGCAGAUGCCACACACACAUUUGUUCAAAGUUCCUUGAACCCAAACUUCAAGUUUCUAAAAUGUAGUUCACAAUGUGGACCUGAUUCUGAUUCCAAAGAUGGUAGAGCCACGCCAUGUCUUCAGUUAAGUGAUGAAAGGGUCACUGAAGGGAUCUUGGUUAUGGAGAAAAGCAAAAGAGCAAAGGUUGUACAUAAGGACGAGCUUUUGCACUUGUUAGGAGAGGUAAAAAAUGAGGUUCAGUUUGCUUAUUGUUGUCCCAUGCAUAUUGCCAGCUUGGAAGCUGCCAAGAGCACAAAUUUUUCUUCAGCAAGUUUUGCGCAUUCCGUUCCUGAUGAAUGUUCUUGGCUUCAUCUGUUAUUUGUAAAACUUUCAAAUGAGUUUGCAGGAAUGACCUUCCAAAAUUUUGGGAAACAUCUUCAAGCAGAAUCUUUCCAUGUCUCUAUUUGUUUGAAGGACAACUGCCCUUACAGAACCGCUGAUUGUCCUCAAAAUAGAUCUGGGACAGUAUUUUUCUGCUGCACUUGGUCAGUGGCAGAUGAGAAGUUGGCAUGGAAAGUUUUUUCAAUAAUGGAGAAUUUAGAUUCAAGUGUAAUGUAAAGAUUUGAUGCUGACACACUAUUCACUAGGGAGCUUGUUUGGUUGGGCAAUCAAAACUGGGGGAGCAUCCUACCCUGGGCGUAGGCUUCUGCUGAUCCUUUGAUGAAGUCCACAGCUUUCUGUAUUUGCAUAUGUAUGAUGGAUGCUAAUUUUUUCAGAGGUUCAAAUGUUCUCUGCCCUACGAGGACUAAUAUUUUUUCAGAGGUCGGCCUUACAAGAUGAACCUUGGCGCUAAUGUUAGCAUUCUUAAAAGCAAAUGACAGAUAUAAUGAUGUCAAUUUUAUUUAAUGCUAGUAAAGUUAUGUUUAUUGUGCUAAGAUAUCAUUAAUUUUUAAUAAUGUAUUUGUCUUUUAAAAGAAAAA